ACUGUGUUAGAGACCUAAUGUGACACAUUUAAUAAUUAAUGUUUCCUAAUUACCGAGACAGUGACUCUCGGACCCCCUCUGGUGAUAUAACCUGUCGUACUCAGUUUGAAACGGGGUAUUUGUGUUCGGCACCCGCAAUCUCCCCCGUACAUUAACCAUUUUAGUGCUGUAUCAGAGAGCGAGCGCGAGGGAAAGACAGAUGUAGCUACUUACUCGCUUAACAGAAACAUAUUUUCAGAAUACGAGCACGGCAGAAAUGGACAGACAUACGGCAUCCACUCGCGGGUGAAUGUAAGGAAUACUGAAGGAAACUCUGCGUUCCUGUGCGCUAUUGCUGUGAUGGAGCUCAGAGCACUUGUAGCUGCGCUCCGUGUAUCUGAUUCUGAACAAUGCUGAGAGUCUGGCCUCAGGAUGUUGGAAUUGGGCACUUGUUCGGUCAGCGCUCAGACCCUCUCUGACCGCAAUGCCCUGGCAGUCCCGUCUUUCAGUCAGGGCAUGUGUGGCGGGAGCCCUCCUUCGCGAUGUUUCCUCCUCCAGCCUCAGGACCCAGAGAGCUGGCUCAAGCACCGGGGAACCCUGGAGGACGGAUCCCACUCCUGUUCGCUCCUGGAGCCCCAGAGCCUGGCUGACAGCUUCCUGUCCCAUGCAUCCAGUUUCGACACGCUCUAUGUCCCCCAUGCCCGUCCCAUGGGUCUGGCGCCAUCCUCCCUGGAUCUCAGAGGGUUGUGCGAGGGUGCGGCAGCAUUGGGUCUGGACUCAGACAUGCCCGUCAGCCCGAAUAUAAUUAAACGGCGCAGAGGGGGACUCAUUGAACAACGGGACAUCAUUAAAGCACACCAGGCACACAAGAUCCAGAGCACCCCACAGGCCCGGCGCAAGGAAUGGGAAAUGGCUCGCUUCGGAGACGACGUUCCCGGUCUGCUGGGAGCCGGGGAUGGGGGUUCGGAGCGCAGUCGGAACCGGGAUGCACCGGCGGUAUCCACAGGUGGAGUUUCACCAGCCUUCAAACAGACCAAAGCGCAACGAGCCCGAACCAUGGCCCUGUACAACCCCAUCCCGGUCCGACAGAACUGCUUCACCGUCAACAGAUCGCUCUUCAUCUUUGGAGAGGACAACAUCGUUAGGAAGUAUGCUAAGAAGAUCAUAGAAUGGCCAUAUCCUUUUGUCUAAACGGUAAAACACGU